CAUCCAUCAAGCCCAUUCUCAUCUAAAACACUCGUGCCUCCCAUCAGCAACCCACAAAUGUCCUUCAACAAUGCUCAACUGCACCCAGCUGCAGUGUUUAGCAACAAAGGGUUUAGCAGCCCUGCUGCCUAUUCUCGGUAUCUUUGCUGAUUUCGAGAUCGUCCCAUCCAACCCUCCUUCUCCAUUUAGCCUUCUGGCUUUUCCAAGUAUGACAUGAAUGUAUCCUCUCUCAUUGAUGGGUUGGGCUGGGGCUCAUUGACUGAGAACAUGAGAUUCAGCUUCUGUCUAGAAGCAGUUCGCUUGUUUUAUGUCAAUCUUGUUCCCUGUCCUGGGUGCGACCCUGCAUUCUUCACAACAACUGUGUUCAAUUAUGAUAUCACAGUUACUCCUGCUCUGUUAGCAAACCUUCUCAAUCUUUCCCACACUGGUCUUCGAGCAGGCACCGAUAGUGAGUUUGCCUCUCGCGGGUUCCUAUUUGAUGCUGCUUUGGCUCGCUAUACGCGUGAUAUCGGGGAUUUCUAUCAUUCUCCGCUUGCAGCUGGUCGUAUACCAGAUGAUUUGAAGGUGCUUCACUUCUUUAUCACUAGGACCUUCCUGCCUCGUGACCUCUCUAGCACUGAUAUUCUUCACUCUGCUGAUUUAUGGAUCCUGUCUAAUGCUAAAGAAGGUCGUCUAAUAAGCUAUGCCUCACUCAUGUUCUCCCAUCUCAUUAAGUUUGGCCUUGAGUACUAUAGUGGUCCCCUGUCCUUUGGACCCCAGAUCACCAAAUUCCUAUAUAAGGUGGGCAUUGAUCUGCGUGACAAGGUCAUGCUUUGUAAUGUCCUCGAUGAUCUUAAACCUCAACAUGUUCUAGCAAAACUCAAUGCUGAGGUUGGCCCCCGUAAGCCUAUCAUUGGCUCAGGGGGAGUCAUAACAGGUCCUGUAUCCUAUGCCUCUAGAAAACUUGUGAAUGCUCUUGUCGACGCUGCUGUAACAGUCAUCAAGCAAGAAGCGACAAGUACAAGCAAGCAGUCUACUGCUCUGAAGCGAGUGAGGGAACAAGACCUAAUGUGACCCAAAUUUGUGUAUGAGUCAGGAGCAGUAAAUGACUCGAUUAGCUCUGACUCUGAGUCUAAAGAAGAGGACAGAAUCUCUGAGUACGAAUCUCCACCAGAAUAUCCCUUCUAAAGGUCAUAGGAAAUAGUCUCAGGGGGAGAAUCUAGAAUCUUGGGUGUAGUCAAGUAGGUAGGAGUGUUAAGUGUGUAGACUUGAACCAGUUUGAGUUAAGUCUUCAGUGUGAUUGUUUUCCUUGUCUGAAUAAUUAAUAAUAAGAUUUUCCCUUAUCCUUCUUCUAUUCAACCUUGCUUUUUAUUUAUCUCGACUGGAACAGGCUGCACCAAUCUGUGUGUUAGUGUGUGCAGGCAACCAAGUGAGCCAAUGACAAGCUUAGGGGGAGUUUGUUGAAGGAAGCUUAGUCAUUGGCAUCGAGAUCUCAAGCAAAGCAAGAAGGGCAAGUAAUCUUGGAGAUUCUGGUUCAUCAAGAAAAAGGGAAAGUGCAGAUGCAGUAAUCAAUCAAGGCAAUCAAGGAAGGCAAAUUGAUUUGCCAGCAAUGGUCGACUGAAGCGAAUGAUAAAAAGUGGGAAUUCUG